GCGCGAGCAGUCGGGUCAGUAUAUUCUUGCGCGUCGGCCCACUCACACGCGCGCCGCGUGUCAACCACCACCACUUGUUCUCGCGUACACCAAUUGCACGUGCUUCGCCGAAUCGUGUUCAAUAACUUUAUUUUUAUUUUUGUAUAGUCGUAAUUUUUUGUGUCACUGGUUUAUGAGUUUUUUAUUUAAUUUUUUUUUAAAUACAUGAAUAAGAAAACGCAGGACAAGAGGCGAAGUUGUCGAUUGACGAAACAUAAUAAUAUAUAAUAUUAUCUACUUAGGACAAUUAAUCACAUAUUUAAUCGGAGACGGUGACCCACAAAAAAAUUCCCUGUGUGAGUGAAUUUGCAGUAGUGCAGUGGAUAAAAUCGUUCAUUAUUGAUAGUGCGAUUUGAUGAGCGGAUGAGGAAGAGGAGGACGACGACAACGAGUCAAUGCGCGCAACCGGUUGUCGGUCGGACUGAGAAGAGCUGUCGGAAAACGCAUACGAUUUGUGUAUUGUGAAGUUCAAAAUCCACUUUCUACGGUGCGAUCGCAAUCGACAGUGACCAAUAAUUUUGUCAUCACAAAAAAAAAACCAUUGCCAAUACUGUCUUACGAGUGCGAUGAUGACCGGGCAACGAUGACAUGGAAGCGGCAGCCAGCGUUGUACAGAUGACUGGUGGCGGCGGGCGGGUGGGGAUGAACACGGACAUGUUCCUGUUGCCGUCCUCGUUCACGUCGCCGCCGGGCGUGAUCGUCACGACGGGAUCGCCGAACACCGGCGUCCACCAGUACGCCGCGGCCACGCUCACCUUGUUGCGGCGCGACGCCUGGGUGCUGCCGGUGCUCAUACUGUCGGUGCUCACCAUGACGCUGAUAAUGACUUUCGAGGUGUUCGUGCUGUGCAAGACGAGAAAAACGGAGCCCAGCAGGAGACACCUGUUCCUGGGACAGGCGCUUCUGGGCGGGCUGUUCGUAUGCGCGGCGGUCAGCGGACUCAUGUGCACACAGCCGACCGUGCUGACGUGCGCCACCGUCAGGCUGUGCACCGGGCUCGGGUACUCGAUGGUGUUCGGCACGCUGCUCGUCAAGUGCGUGUUUCUCAUCAGCCUCAACGGCGGCGUGUACUUGCCCGCGCCGUACCAGGCGCUGUUGCUGUUCUUCACCGUGGCCAUACAACUGGCCAUCGGCGUCCAGUGGCUCAUCUACUCGCCACCACAACUCCUAUCGUCCCAGUGGACGAGCAGCCUGGACAACAGCUGUGACACCAAGUACCAGCACAUGCUCGGCUCGAUGGUGUACGCGGCCGGUCUGCUGUUGGCCGUCACCGUGUUGGCCAUCAAGUCGCGGCACAUACGGGACAACUACCGCGAGGCCAUGUACAUCGGGCUGGCCGUCGGCUGCACGGCGCCGCUGUGCGUUGGCUGGGCCGUGGCCGGGCUAUGGGCUACGCAGCCGGGCGACCAGGACGGAUGUCUGGCGCUGGGCCUAGGCGCCACGGCCGCGCUAGUACUGCUCGUCAUGUUCAUGCCCAAGGGCCGGCAGCUGGCCGCCAUGGGCCGGGACGGUCUGUACGACGAGGACAAGCUCAGCACGCUCAGCAGGCCCGCGUCUCCGUCAUUUUUCCACUUCAAACCGUUCAUGACGCCAAUGAAGCACACGUCGACGAUCAACACGUUCGGAGACCGAGUGGCGCUCGUAGCCCCGCCGACGUACGCUCACCACUAUUACCCGUACUGCUAUUAUCCACAUCACGGAGGUGGCGGCGGUGGAGGCGGAGGAACCGGCCACCACGGAGGUCACAUGCAGCAGCAGCCCAUCUACUCGAGAUGUCCACCCGACAUGUGCAAUUUUUCGGGAAUGGACAACAGCAUUUACACUACGAUGGAACCGACCAUGUCCAACAACCCCAACGUGUUUUUCCACCGUUCCGGUAUCCACCCUGGAAUGAUGUACUGAUUAUUAUUUAAGUGAAUACUAUAUAUAUAAAUAUAUAUAUAUGACUAGAUGUUUUUUUCUCCCGAUUUUAUACUUUUUUUUAAAUAUAUUAUUAUUAUUGUUUAUAUAAAAUAUUACAUAUAAGUAUUAUAUAUAUAUAAUAUAUUUAUAGUAGUCGCGUAAACGUAUAUAUACAUAGAUGUGUGUGUUAAACUAUAUAGUACCUAUAUAUAGCGACAUAGCGCCCUACAUGCACAAAGCAGUAUACGUAACAGCUAUAAGUAAUAUAAUAAUAUGAUUUCUAUCCACUACAGACUCGCGAGACCGCAUCGAGCGGUGGGCGGUGGACGAGCCGGGCGCGUGUCACGAUGAUCUCACGCCGACGAACACGACGACGAUGUCGCAUAAUAUACCUCCAUAAAGCCUCCAUCUCCUAAUCGCCCCCCCCCAAAAUAUGCCUAUAGGGUUAUACUGAAUCGCUUAAAUACGAAUACACUAUAUUAUAAUAUUACGCGCAAUUUCAAAAUAUCACAUUUAUCACUCUUCAGAUCGCCGCGAUGGCAAACGAAAAAAUGUGAUGAAUUCCAUAAAAAAUUACACACACACACUCACAUAUAGGUACCAUGUCGGAAAUGUAUAGGUACGCCGUUCACCUCUGUAGAUAAUAUAUAUAUAUAUAUUUGCCUAUGUUUACGGUGGCGCUGUUCCGACGAGAUUCGAUGCCAUUUUCAAUCGCGACGAUGAUGUCGUUCGAGAUAAAAUAAAAUAGUUUUUUUUUUUAUGUAUUUUACAUUUUUUAGAUUUAAUAACUAUGAUGAUUAUAUAUUAGAUAUUAUAAUAUAUUAACAUAUAAUACUAGACAAAUUUGUGUCUAAUGUAUAUGUAUUUUAAUUUAUAACAUAUUAUUAUAGUUCUGUAAGUAAUUAUCUAUAAGAGCUAUAAAUAUAUAUAUAUAUAUAUAUAUACUUGUUACGCGACAGUAAAACACAUAUACUCGAUAUUAUUAUAAUAUGCAUAUUGUUGAUAUUAUUAUAAAUAUUUGUGUAUAGAUUAAAAAUAUACCAUCGGUUAGAUUCGGUUUUUAAUAGAUAUAUAAUUGAUAUUAUAAUGUUUUAUUAUCAACGUGUUUAAAAUAUUUAAUGUAGAACCAAUAUUUAGCUUUCUUAUGUUUCGAUUUUUUUAUUUUAUGAUUAUGAAAAUAGAAAUUAUUUUUUAAGACCAACUUCAGUGUGCCAAAAUAUGCGCUUUCUUGUACAAUCGCAUUAUUUUAUAUUAUAGUUUGAGCUAUUUUAUUUUUAUAACUGGCAAAAUGUAAAUAUGUUUUUUUGGAACUAUACAUACUCAUAAAUAGUAACAUUAUGUUUAUUUGUUCAAUAUACAAAAAUAUUUUAUUUUCAUAAUCAUUUACGACGGAUUACUAUAUAUCCUAUCGACCUCAAAAGAUAAUGAUUAUUGUUUUCAUUUUUCACAUUAAUCCAGUUAAGUAAUAAGUAUAUUAAAUUACUAUUGUAUCUUAUAAUUUUGUAGUGAUAAUUUGGUAACGAUUACCAUUAAAAAUGCGUACAAAAAUUAGAGUUGCUAAAGUGUAAGAAAUUAUUGCUUAAAACGAUAUUAAGCAUUACUAUAUAAGAUAAUAUAAUACCUAUGUAUUCGUUUUAAUAACUGUACAUUUAACUUUUUUACUUCUUCUUACUCUACAGUGUAUUAUUAUUAUAUUAAGUAUUGUAUCGAUAAAUUAUUGCUCAUUUAAGAUAUAAGAACACUAAAUUCUUUAGAAAUAAGAUAUUUUUGUAUUUUUUAUGGUAAUAACUCAAUAUGCAAUAAACAGUACAAUGUCUAAAAAAUAAUAAACCAUGACUUCGAUAUUUAA